AUGGAUGGACAAGACACAGAUGAGGAGAAUCGCAUCUAUGCAAAUAACAUGGUUUAUGUGAGAGUGGCUGUUCCCUCCCCAGUGCCAGCCUGCGAGCCUGAGCCCAAACCGAACGGGCCUCACGCAGCUCCACGCCUCUCGGUUCCCUCCCGCGCCACUGUCGUUGCUACCAUGGAAGCCCCUUCCCAAGGCCUGCAGACAGUCAUGAAGUGGAAAACGGUGGUGGCCAUCUUUUUCGUGGUGGUGCUCUACCUGGUGAUCGGUGGAGUGGUGUUCAGUGGCCUGGAGCGGCCCUUCGAAAGCCUGCAGAAGAACACGAUUGCGCUGGAGAAGGCCGACUUUCUCCGGGAGCACGUUUGUGUAACCCAGCUGGAGCUGGAGACGCUGAUCCAGCAUGCUAUUGAUGCUGAUAACGCAGGAGUCAGCCCCAUAGGAAAUUCUUCUAACAGCAGCAGUCAUUGGGACCUUGGAAGUGCCUUUUUCUUUGCUGGAACGGUCAUCACAACCAUAGGGUAUGGGAACAUUGCCCCAAGCACUGUUGGAGGCAAGGUUUUCUGCAUCCUGUAUGCCAUCUUUGGGAUUCCCCUCUUUGGCUUCUUGCUGGCUGGGAUUGGAGACCAACUGGGGACCAUCUUUGGGAAGGGCAUCACGAGGGUGGAGAAAGUUUUCAGAUCACAUCUCUUCGUCCCCUUCACCCCUGGGGAUGUUACACGGCUGGUGUCGGGGUUGCUGAGAGUUCCCAAAAUCCCUGCAACUCCGUCAUCGUUACGAUCAUUUCUGAAGCUGG